CUUCGCACGGUCGCCACUUGUAUGAUCCCUGAAUGGCUGAAUGUGAGGUGUCCCGUGCGGCGUGCCUGUGACAUACUUCACAAUUUCCAUGUCUAACCUAUAAUCCACAAGUGAGCUGAAGUAAAAAUGUCGCUCUUCUCGUGAUUUAACUCGUUUAAUGUGCGUAAUAUUUUUUGACAGCAUCAAUCAUAAAGAAUGCGUGCAAUAAAAUUCUUAUGAUAUAAGAGCGGAAAUUCAACAUGACAUAAAGAUUAUAAUAAGUUAUUUUUACGUUCAGUGAAUUAUGUGACGACCGAAAUCAAAUUUUGUCCGUCAAAUAGAUUGGAUUAGUAUGACGAUAAAUUUAUUUAAUGUGCUAUUUAAAAAUUCUAAUUCAGAUUUUCAGAAAUCUUCAUCAUUUGGUUCUGGACGUUCAUUAAUGUUGAACAGCGAUUGUUGCCAUCGCCGGCCGAGUCUGAUGUGCGUCAAUAUGGUGUCUGCGAAGCGGAAAUUAGUUCUGGUCAUGUGCUGUGCCUGCAUCUGCUGCUGUUCGGCGUCAACGUCGGCCCCGUCGGAAAACGUUAACGACGUUUCCGCCUCGCCGAUUUCCUACAGCAGGGAUGCGGACUCCUUUUCCGAUUCAUUAUUUCGGAAAUAUGGCGGUGUUAACGGAUUUAUGACCAUACAGGAAUUUGAAAUGCUUGUGUCAAACCUUGGCUUGUUAAAACAUGUAAAUGCAUCUCAACACCAGAAUGAAAUAAAUAUACAUGCCAAUAGUGAUAAAAAUAAUAAUAAUACCGCCCACCAGAAAGAUUUAUGGCACGAUGUCAUACAACAGCAAGAUUUUGAAAGUGCUAAUAGGUGCCUCAAUACAUAUGAAAUAGAAAAAAUUGUGAAAAACCACAAUGAAAAGUUCAAAACAAGUUUUAAUGUAGAUUUGACAAAAGACUUUGAUUCCAACAAUAAAAUUUCCUUAACAGUGUUUGAAUAUUUAUGUUUUGCUUUAAUUUAUGAAAUGGACAGAAAAUCAUGUUACAGUGAUUUGACUAGCAUCACAAAUAAACACAUGUUAUAUGAUAAUAAUAUUAGUCUACAUAAUCAAGUCCAUGAUGCAUACAAUAUGAAAUCAAAUGAUUCAUUUGCACCAAAACUGCAUCUAGCUUGGUUGUAUGCCAGCAUCAGUAUUAUAAUUAUAUCUGCAAGUGGUUUGCUUGGAGUAGCAAUCGUACCUUUCUCAAGAAGUCCUGCUUAUCCUCAAUUGCUGAGAUUUCUUGUAGCUUUAGCUGUGGGAACUCUUUGUGGAGAUGCCUUAAUGCAUUUAUUACCACACGCUUUAAUGCCACAUGAUCACAGCCAUGGCACUUCGUCAUCAUCACCUGAGGACCACCAUACUCCUAUGUAUAAAUGUGGUUUAACAUUUUUAACUAUUUUAUUAUUCUAUGCGCUAGAAGCACUUUUACCCAUCUUCAAUAAUGGACUUAAUUUGCAUAACCAUGGACAUGGAAAUGGACAUGGACAUGCACAUGAAUUAAAGCCAGAGCUUGGCAGUAUGUUAACAACUGUGGAAAACAAUACUAAAAAAGAAUUCAGUCCGAUAGCAUUAAUGAUCAUACUUGGUGAUUCAUUGCAUAAUUUGACUGAUGGGUUAGCUAUAGGUGCUGCUUUUAGCAAUGAUUCAGUUACUGGAAUAGCGACUUCAAUUGCAGUUUUGUGUCAUGAACUUCCACAUGAGUUUGGUGAUUUUGCUGUGUUAUUAAGAGUAGGAUAUAGUGUAAAGAGAGUAUUAUAUUUCAAUGUAAUGUCAUCAAUUUUAAGUUUUAUUGGUAUGGCUAUUGGUUUAUUAGUAACUAGUGGGCACGCCGCUGCAUCACAAUGGAUUUAUGCAGCAACUGCUGGAUCAUUUUUAUAUAUAGCUUUGGCUGAUUUAGUUCCAGAAAUGGCCGAAGGAAAUAAGAAUAUUUUAAGUAGUACUUUGACACAAAUUUGUGGCAUAUCAUUAGGGGGAGCUAUAAUGCUACUAAUUGCUUUAAAUGAAGAUUCUUUAAGACUAUUAUUUUUGUAAUAUUGAAAAUUAUAACCCAAAAGUAUGUUAGAAUAUUUUUAUACAUAAUGUUUUUGAUUAUUAUAAUUUGA